GGGCGCGCCCGCCGGCCCUCUGCUCCGUUCCUCCCUCCCAGAGCUCCCCGCUUGGCCCUCCCUUCUAGUCUCCGCUGCGCCCUCGCGGAGGCAGCGUUUGCAGCGGCCUUGCUAUGUCUCAGCCGGGCCAGAAGCCCGCGGCCUCCCCGCGGCCCCGGCGCGCUGCAGCGGCCCGCCAAACCCAGGAGCAUGCCGGUGAAAAAACCAGUGGAUCACCUUCAAAGUCAGGAGAAAAGAAAGGAUCAGAUGAGAAAAAAGCGACAAGCCUUGGGAGCAGUCAGCCUUCCAGAACCCAUGCUGGUGGAACAGCCCCGGCCACCAAGGUGUCAGCUUCUUCUGCUUCCACCAGCAAGUCUUCCAGUAUGAAUCCCACAGACACCAAGGCUAUUCCAAUCAGCAAACAGAUGGAAGGACAGCAUUCCCCAAGCAAGAAAAGACCCAAAAAACAGGCUGCAAAAACAGAACCUGAAAACAAGUCACAAUCAACUAAGCCAUCUGUGGUUCCUGAGAAAAAAACCCAAGAAAUAAAGCCAAAGGAACACAAAGAGCCAAAAAGCCUACCCAAGCAUGCAUCAGAUACAGAAAGCAAGCAUGUUCAUAAUGAAAAAGCAGUUUCCAGGUCAAGUGAGCAGUCGACAUCUGAGAAAUCAACAAAACCAAAGACUAAAUCACAGCAUGCAGUUUCUGCUGGCAGAGAAGGUGUUGCUGAUAUAGCUGCAGCAUCUGCCAAACCAGAUAACAAGAAAAAAGAAAAGAAAUCAUUAACGUCUGCUGUACCAGUUGAAUCCAAACCGGGUAAACCAUCUGGAAAGUCAGACCUGGAUGCCGCUUUGGAUGACUUAGUAGACACUUUAGGAGGACCUGAAGAAACUGAAGAAGAUACCACAACAUAUACUGGACCUGAAGUUUCAGAUCCAAUGACUUCCAUCUACAUAGAGGAAUUAGGUAAAAGAGAAGUCACCAUUCCUCCAAAAUACAGGGAACUUUUGGCAAAAAAAGAAGGUAUCACAGGGCCUCCUCCAGACUCUUCGAAACCCAUGGGGCCAAGUGAUGCCAUAGAUGCUUUGUCAUCUGACUUCACCUGCAGUUCUCCUACCGCUGGUGGAAAGAAACCUAAGGAAGAGAAAUCUACAGAAGAGGUUCUUAAAGCUCAGCCAGCCAGGGUAGUCAAAAGUGCUGCUUCACCCCAAGAGAAAAAAAGAAAGGUGGAGGAGAAGGACACAAUGAGUGAUCAAGCACUGGAGGCUCUUUCUGCUUCGCUGGGCACUCGGAAGCCAGAACCUGAGCUCGACCUCAGCUCCAUUAAAGAAGUUGAUGAGGCAAAAGCUAAAGAAGAGAAACUAAAAAAGUGUGGUGAAGAUGAUGAAACUGUGCCUUCGGAGUAUAGAUUAAAGCCAACCACGGAUAAAGAUGGAAAGCCACUUUUGCCAGAGCCUGAAGAAAAAUCCAAGGCCCUGAGUGAAUCAGAACUCAUUGAUGAACUUUCAGAAGAUUUUGACCCGCCCAAAAGUAAAGGAAAACGAUCUAAGACAACCAAAAAAACAGAAGCAUCUCAGGCUGCUGCCUUGACUCCUGUGAGUGAGGCUGUGCCUCGAGCUUCCAUGUGUACUAUACUGUCCACACCGACCAAGCCAGCUCCCUUGAAAGGCAUGGUGCCAGAUGAUGCUGUAGAAGCCUUGGCUGGUAGCCUGGGGAAAAAGGAAGCAGAUCCAGAAGAUGGAAAGCCUGUGGAAGAUAAAGUCAAGGAGAAAGCCAAAGAAGAGGAUCGUGAAAAACUUGGUGAAAAAGAAGAAACAAUUCCUCCUGAUUACAGAUUAGAAGACGUCAAGGAUAAAGAUGGAAAACCCCUCCUGCCAAAAGAGCCCAAGGAAUCACUUCCACCCGUGACUGACGACUUCCUUCUUGAUGCUUUGUCUAAAGACUUUGCUGGUUCCCCAAACUCUUCAUCUCUUAAAUUUGAAGAAGCUAACCUUUCUGCUGCCAUCUCUGAAGUGGUUUCCCAAACCCCAGCUCCAACCACAUACUCUGCUGGCCCGCCCCCUCAUGUGCAGGGCGACAACAAGGAACUGGACGAUGCCUUGGAUCAACUUUCUGACAGUCUAGGACAAAGGCAGCCUGAUCCAGAUGAGAACAAACCAAUAGAGGAUAAGGUCAAGGAAAAAGCUAAAGCUGAACAUAGAGACAAGCUGGGAGAAAGAGAUGACACCAUCCCCCCUGAAUAUAGACACCUCCUGGAUAAUGAUGAUGAGGGCAAACCCGUAAAGCCACCUACACAGCAACCCAAGGACUCAAAGAAAUCUGCAGCUGACAAAGACCCCAUCGAUGCCCUCUCAGGUGAUUUUGACAGCUGUCCUACACCCACAGAAACCUCAGAGAAGACAGCAGAGAAGGACAAAGUCAAGACAACUGCUCCCAGCUCCAAAGCACCCAAGAAUGGGGGUAAAGCAAAUGAUUCUGCAAAGGCAAAGGAUGAAACUUCCAAGCUAAAAGCUGAUGAAAAAAAUACAAGUUAAAGUUCACACUAUUUGGUAUCUGCCUAUACAAUCUUCAGCUGGUGAAUGGUGACUUUUGAAGGACAAAAGGCUUUGAACAACAGAAAAUUUUUCUGGGUGGUUUCUAGACAGUGUUAUUUGUUGACUCUUGACAUCCUAAACAUUGGUUAUUCUUUUCCCAGAAAGAAAAUGAAUUUGUCUGGUUCAUCUGUGUAACUGUACUGAGUAUUGAUAAACUUUGAAUUUUUAAAAAUUGCCUUCAGUUGGGAGAGACGGGAACUCUAUAUUUCUAAGAGAUAUAUUUGAUAGUUUCUUAAAACAACAUAUAAAAGGAAAAACCUUUGCAGACUUUUGCACAUUCUACACACAGUGCCUGUAAAUCUCAUUAGUAUUUUCCAUUUGCACUUACUUCUUUUAUUGUUAGCAUUUGGAAAACAAUGCUUUGAACAUGUUUAAUGUUCUGAUUUCUCAUUACCCAUCUCCUCUUGGGCUUUAGAACUGUAUUUGAUGUUUCUUUGGGUUAAUGUUUAUAAGUCAAACAUAAAAUAUUGUACAGUGGGCACAUAUCUCCUCUUGGGCUGCUAAUAAAUUAACCUGGACAGACCAGGACAUGCUGCACCCAGUACUCUUUUUUUUGCCAGAGGUUAGGACUUCUACACCUUAGAGCCAGCACAAAACAUAGUAAGACUAGAAUCAAGUCAGAAAAGCAAAAUGCAGACUAUAUGUCACCACAUAGCAAGCUCCAAAAAUAAGAAAAUAUGAUCCUUAGAAUAUUCAUAUGCCUUGAACUCACUUUGGUUACUGUGUUAAGCUAUGCUUUCCAUUUUGCUACAUAUAAGCAGAGCAGCAAUUAUCUGCUUAGACCAUUGCCACUUUAGUCUAUGCACUGUGUACCAUCUGGCUUUAAGGAAGGUAGGUUUACCAAAGAUAAAAACAUGUACUUAAAAAAAAAAAAAAGCUAUCUGAAAUUUAAAAACCUGCUUUUCUCCCACAGCAAUUCAAGAACUAGGUUCUGAUGUCAUACAACUUUGAAUGGUUUCUCACAUCUUUUGGAUGAAUUGUUUAUGAACAUAGCACUGAUAUCCUUGAGGGGAUUUUUGAUAAAUAAUUUCAUCUUUAUUUCUUGGUACUGGAUGCAGGAAAAGAUAUCAGGUACAUGUCAUAAAACUGAUUUGGAAUUUUUCAUUUCAGAAAGCACAGCCUUCCUUAGCAUAUGUUUUAAGUUCUUAUUAGAACUUAGCCGACUUCUCUAAAAAUGAGAAAUAUCACCAAUAUUGUCCAGAAAGUGGGGGGGAGGAAAAACAACAACAGUACCUAUAAUGGGGCAUAAAAUGAUAUUGCUAACUCUUCCAAAAUUCUCAUGAAAAGUCAUGCACAUACAUAUAGGAUAUCAUGCUUAGCCCCCUUUAAAUGCUGCGUAUCUAUCCCAUGAGAGAUGCGGGCAUUAUUCUAUUACUCUAAAUCUGGGAAAUAUAAGCCAGUGCUGGGGAGAGUAAACAGACCUUUUCAAAGCACUGACAAGAAAAUAAUGAACACUGCUCCUGUGGGAUUUCAACUGUAUUUCUAAGUCUUCUAAUUAGGUAGUAUAAAGUUUUUUUUUUUUUCAAAAUGAAAUCUUUGACAUUGACAGAUGUGUUUGCAGGGAAAUGGCUGCAGUAUUACUAAUUUCCCUGCAUAUACAGAAAUAUUUUUAAAUCCAGAGAUUUAAGAAAUGCUUGUAAAAGUAAACAUUAAAGGUACCUUGAAUAUGCCUUUUUGUUCAUUAGCAGUGUCUUCAAGACUUGGGCGUUUACUGGUAAUUAAUGAUGAGACUAAGCUACAGAGUCUGAGUCUUCUUCUACCUAAUUAGGAGGAAAUGAUUGCAAAUGUCUGCUUAGAAGUAAAUAGAAUUUUUAUUCCCAAAAAGGUAUUUGCACAUUGUUGUAGCAAUAUUGUUAUUUAGAAAAUGGACUUCUCCAGAAGCAAAUUAACAUAGGCUCCUCAGGUGACCAAAAUGAAAACCACUAUUUCCAUGUUUAAGUCAAAAUACAAAACAAUUAAAAGUAUUUUACAUUAAAA